AUGGGUCGCAAGGCGCAUCUUGCCCGGAUGGCUCUGGGAAGGUCACCUUUUGACGCACCACUUCAAGAUGAGGAUGGCGAGUUCAUUCUAGGCCCAAACGUUCAGCACGCUACUGCUCGAAACUAUGUGCAACGAUUUGAUAGUCGGGGUCACCCGGAAAACCUCGCAUCUGAGGCCUCACGGAGGAGACUUCGACGUGCCCAGAACGAGGUUCUGUCAACCGUCGGUGUGGUCGUCCGUAAGGCCAAAAUGAAUCGUUCAAGAUGGGAAAGCAUGGGAGAUGAUCAGAAACAUCUGCUUCUCCUGGACGAAAAUAUUGCAGGCGCCAACAUUGGCAUUGUCGAAAGUGUCGUCCUGAAGAUGUCAACACGCUGGCUGAGUGCUCUCCGUCGCCGAAUCCUAGUUUUCAAAUCAUACGUGGGUCUAUCAGUACCUCGGAUCUUGAGGACUGAGUGGAAUGUUGUAGGUCCUUGGUCCGUUCUGUUUGCCGGAUUGCCAUUUGGCGCCGUCUCAGCAGUCAGCCAGGCUCUGAGGGACGAUAUUUUGGAUGAGCAUCGCUUCACAAAUUUGUUGCGGUCAUCCAGCACCUCUCCUGCGAUAAAAUUUGCCAACCUUAUUGGUAGCCACAGGUUAGACUUCCUGAAACUGUUGUGUUCCUCGCUGAUUGUAUCAAGUCUACGGAUGCUGUGGUUCGCGGCCGAAUACCCUCUUUAUGCAUUCUCGACCUUACAGUCUUUGUAUCUGAUACCAGCCGGCGCCUUUCCACAUCCAUGGAGUUUUGUACCAUUCAGCAAUAUAUCCCCUAUCCAACUUCCUCGGCCGCUUCCAGACGGUUCUUUAACGUCGGUAGUGAUCUACGUUACGCGGCUAUGCGCGCAUCCAUUCACGAUUGCCUACGUCCGAGACCAAAUUGGGAAAUUCAUCUACACCAAGCUCUACAUACUGGCCCGUCAUCUUGUAGUGAAGCCUGACCGACCAGAUCGGAUCUCAUUACAAAGCGCGCGAGCAAACAGUAGCGUCUUCAAUGAUACUACAAUUCCAGGACUGGGGGCUGACGGCAAAGCACUAAGCAGUCACAAUGAGCCGUCACCGUUCACGGAGACUAUCAAAACACUCUUUCCAGCCUUGUUCUGGCUAUGGGAAAAGAUUUUACAAACGCAAAGUGCAUCAUUGACGGUAGAAUUGACGCCAGAUAUGCAAGAAGAGCUGGUACAGAGGAGUAUGAUGUAUUACCGAGAUUCCAUUCGACGUCAGCGAAGAGAUUACGGUGCGACCAGACAUUCUUCCCGGACACUCAGAGUGAUGGCCAUUCGGGAUGCCUUCGCCGAUUUUGGUCUCGACCCAGACCAGGCUAUGGUCGAUAUCUUUGAAUUGGCCGAGGGAUUGCAUGUCAGUGCCAGGGAUGAUGCUUCCACUGCUACUCCAGAACCCGAAGCCGACAUCUUGACUUCUCCGAUGGUAAUUGUGGCGGAAGCUGAUGGAGCUCUGCAUGUACAGCCCGCUCGUACCGCCGACGCAUCGCAGCUUGAGAGCCAACACUCACCAGGAGACAGAUCUCCGGAGAACCUCCAGGAAGCGAACGGUGCAGACGCCACCCGCACAGACAUCGUGGAGGGGAUAUCGGAGAUGCCAACACUAGACGAGCGUACCGUGCCUCUCGAAAGGCUGCUUUUGACUGCACCAUCAGAUCGUCUUGCCAUUCACGUUGACGAGCCUAUCGAUGCGCAGCUCUUUCCUAGCCCUCCACCCUCAAGCCCUCCGAGUCCUCCUGAACUUGGGAUCAACCGAGCUCAGAGUCUAAUAGCGACGGCUCCACGGCCAGUUCGUCGGGAAACAGAUAUAUACAAUGAGCAAGCUCGACCGAUUCGACAAGAUUUGUUCUCGCGCCACCACUCGUUGCGGGCUCAAGAGGAAGACGAUGGAGUAUAUCGUGUUACUAUUUUGUCCAACCAUCCAGCAGAAGCCUUCGCCCUGAAUGUGGCUUCUGCAAUAGAGCCUUUGCUCCUCCUUCCGCUUGACAUACUCUUCUUCCGGUCGAUGGUACGCAACUUUACAACUCAACCGACCAGCUACGGACUCUCUUUGUCUACAGGAUCGUUAUUGACCCGGACCCUCCCGGUUGUAUUCAAUUUCGGAGCCGAUGAAUAUAACGGUUCAUCAGCGAUGUUACCGAUUUUGGGAAAUUGGGUCAUCACACUUGCUACGCAAAGUAUCAUUAAUUUCACGAUAUGGAAGAUGACCACACAUUUGAUAUUGAGGUUGGGACGGCGGUUUGGCUGGGGCAAAAUUUAA